AUGGAGAAUGACACAAUCAAUACACAAUUUACAAAAGUCAUUCAAUCUCUCGGCUACUCUGAGGCAGAAUCCAUAAAUUAUGUAAAGACAUUUGACAUUCCCAAAAAAGUACAGACUAUUGCUUCUGCGUACAGUUUUUCCGAAAGAAAGGCUAAAAUCAGUGAGUGUCUUGAAGAACUCAAGUGUAGAAACAGUCUAUUAAAUCUACUUUUUCUAAGAUUUACUAUGGAAUCGAUGAUACAGCUGAACGACAUCUCCUGCGAAGAGCUUUGGAAAUGCUUUAUGAAAAACCAUGGGGUUUCUGUCCUGGAAUGCAGUUUAAAUUCAAACAGCACAGAAUUUCUGAAUAACCUAGUAGAAUUCAUAGUUUUCAUCCAGAAAGAAAAGGCUUUGUGUUCUCAUUUUCUAUUUAAAAUCCUGAAAAAAUAUACUUUGAUAAGCAAGCAUUUAAUAUUUACUUUUAUAAACUCGAAUAUCGAUAGAUCUGCACUUUUGACAUCAGUUCACUACACGUCAAUCAAAGAUCAAGAAAACGAUUUGAGUGUGCAUUCUCCAAGCUGCUACUGUUCAACAUUCCUGAUGAGGGUGGUUGGCGAUAUCCUCGAACUAUCCAUAAUAAAAAAUGAGCUGAAUUUCCUUCUGAAUGGGAGUUUUCACAUCGACAAAAUACUAAGUACCGAAGUACUACAGAAAAACAAAAGUAAGUUUGUAAAUAACGGUAUAUAUGACGCUUUAUUUGUACAAGCAGCAUCCAAUAGCUUUAAGGUUGGGCUGUAUGUGCCAGAUAACGAUAGAUCAGAGAGCAUAAAUAAUAAAAAGGCUGCCGUUCCAGCAAAGUCAGAUGGUGUAGUCAACUUCAUAUCAAGCAGCCAUAAAGACAAAGAUCCAAGGUGCACUCCUGUGACUAGCGGAAAUGCUGAGACUGCAAACAAUAUUGUCACACUUGUUGAUGAAAAGUUACUUUUGAAACCUAUCAAUCAGAAGUCAACUGAUAAUUUAGAUAUUAAAAGCCAACUCGGUUCGUACAACAUUAGUGAUGAAAAAACUAGUGAUAUUGUAAAUAUUUUGAAAAAAGAGAUAGAAAGUUUAAAACUUGAAAAUUUAUCACUCAAACAUAAGAUGAUUUCUCUGGAAAAGUCGUCCAGUAAACCAAAAGAAGUAAGGAAGAUUAGAAUGGGAUUGGUGAGCUGUGUGGAUCAAUCUGAAAGUGUACAACUACCUAAUAGAACAAGUAACGGUGAAGUGGACAUAAAAACACCUGGCUCUACACUGAAGAAUACUGGAGGCCUUAAAACCAUUGGAAUAUUUGGAAAAUUAAAAUCAAGGCCAUCUGACAACGCCAAGACUCAAAAUGCAUUCCCAAUAAUUUCUAAAGGAGAGCAAAAGCCUGUCACUGCCAGCUCAUCCGUUGUAAAUAGUUCUGCAGAAAUAAAGCCUAAGAUUGGUGUAAGAUUUGGUGUAAAGUCAAAGCCUAUCAGCACACUCUUAACAACCGAUAAAUCUUAUAUGGGCUUAAAAUGGAAAAAAUCAACCAAGGCGCAGUGCCUUAUAUUUUCAAAGAUAAACUAUGAAAGAUUCGAAAAAGUAUUUCAAACUUCUGAAUUUGAUGAAUUCGAAUACAAACAAGAAAAGAAAGAGAAAAUUGUACAGGAAAUUCAAAAGCCAACUGAAUAUUUAAUCGAUCCAAAGAAGAGCUAUGCUCUAAAUAUAGCAUUAGGAAGAGUCAAACUGUCAAAUUCUGAACUUAUAAGACAAAUAUUACAGGGCGAAUAUGAAAAUGAGAAUGUUGUGAGGCAGUUGAUUUUAUACUUUCCAACACAGGAGGAGUACGAAUUGAUUUGUUCUUCGAUAAAGGAAAUGGGAAGGGCAGAGCUUCUUUUCAAAGAGUUGCCUAAUCUGAGUCGGUUUCGUUCUUCUUUACUUUCUCUAAGGUUCAACUUUGCUCUCAAAACUAGAAAAUACCCAGAAAUUAUCAAAAACAUGUCAAUUUCAUUUAUGAGAAUUGUUGAAAGCACGGAGUUGCUGAAUUUAUUUGGAAUUUUGCUUGUCAUUGGGAAUGUUCUUAAUUCCAACUCUUUCAACGGUAAUGCGGAGAGUUUUUCACUUGAUUCCUUGCAGGCUUUUGACAAUAAAGAAAUAUUGAAAUUAAUCAAGAAAAAGGUGAAUGUACCAAAACUUAUACUUGAAUUGACUGGAAUGGAAUCGAUGGAUCAAAUUUCAAUAAUUAAUUCUGAAAUUUCCAUUGAAAGUUUGAUCCAUGAAAUUGAUGAAAUCAAAAGCUUAUACGGUGAGUUCGUAAGCAAAAGUAGAAUGGAAGAAUAUGCCAAGAUGUGCAAUGGUUUUGAUGAGCUUAUCAAUAUUUACAAGCAAGUGCAAGGAUAUUUUGGAGAGACAGACGAUAGAUUUAUUAAAAAACUUGAAGAUUUCCUCAAAAAAUUAGCUCAAGAUUAA